GAAACACAUUUUCUCCGAUUUUGUUACCAAACAACACACAAAACUCUGUCAGUCUUCAUUCUCUUACUCCUUUAUUUUUGUUUGCCCGAGUUCCGACAAUGGCUUCAGCAUCAGCGACAGCUACUCUUCUCAAACCCAAUCCUCCGCCGCAUAAACCGUCCAUCACCGCCUCCGUAUCUCCGCCUCUUCCUCCCCCACGUCGCAACCACCUCCUCCGCCGCGAUUUCCUCUCUCUAGCGGCCACAUCCACGGUUCUGAUCCAAUCAAUCCAGUUUCUAGCUCCGGCGCCGGUCUCUGCCGCCGAAGAUGAAGAGUAUAUUAAAGAUACAUCGGCAGUGAUCAGUAAAGUUAGGAACACGCUUUCGAUGGCGAAGACAGAUCCGAAUGUGGCUGACGCGGUGGCUGAGCUGAGAGAAGCGUCCAACUCAUGGGUUGCCAAGUACCGGAAAGAGAAAGCUCUUCUCGGAAAAACUUCUUUCCGGGACAUUUACUCGGCGUUGAAUGCGGUUUCGGGUCAUUAUGUGAGUUUUGGUCCGACGGCUCCGAUUCCGGCGAAGAGGAAGGCGAGGAUUCUUGAAGAGAUGGAGACUGCUGAAAAAGCUCUCUCAAGAGGCAGAUAAAAUCAUUACAGUGUGAGAGACCUAACAAUUUCUUGAAUUCGCUUUUUUUUUAAAAAAAAAUGCCAAUCAUAUUUAUAUUAGAAGAGAAACUUGAAUUCGCUUUGCUCUCUCAUGCACCUUUUUUUUUUUUGGUUUUUCCUGUGUAAAAUACUUAAUGUCCUGCAUAUGAUAAUUUGCUUAAUUAUCAUUUAUCAGAGAUACUUUUUAUCUAGUAAAAUCAAAAUCUAUUUUCUCAA